AUGGAGUCAGGUGUGGGCUCCUCAAUCUCCUCAGGCCCCAUUGCUGCCCUAGGGGAGUUGGAUACUGAGUCUGACAGCUCCUCUCAGGAGAAAGCCAAGACCAGGGAUCUCCAAUGCUUGGAGCCACAGCUCACAGACCUCAGGAAACUUCAAGAGCUUCCCAUCUGUGGGGACCCUGCUGUCACCAGUACUAGCAUCCUGGCAGUUGCAAGAGAUGGAGAUGACUUUCUGAACACAGGCCCCACAGGCGAGCAGAGCAGCAGUGGCAAAAUCCCUAAUCGGGACAGUGGGAUAGACAGCCCAUCCUGCAGCGUGACCAGUGAGAGCUUCCCCAGUGAGGAGGGCAGUGAGGUAGGCCAGGACCCCACGAUGCUGGGGCUCAACCCAGAGACAAAUGCAAAGGAUGCCCUACAGGACAUCACCAGUGCCAUGGACAAGGGCAACAAUGAGGACCCCAACCCAAGUACCAUCCUCCAGAGAAGUGACAUGGAGGCGGGCACAACCAAGUGCUCCAAGUCCCAGCAGCUGUUCAACAUUGCCCGAGAGCUCCUUCACACAGAGGAGGCCUAUGUGAAACGGCUGCACCUGCUGGACCAGGUCUUCUGCACCAGGCUGACGGAGGCUGGGAUCCCUGCCGAGGUCAUCACAGGCAUCUUCUCAAACAUCUCCUCCAUUUAUUGCUUCCAUGGGCAGUUCCUCCUGCCAGAGCUGCAGGCACGGAUCACCAAGGAGUGGGAUGAGAACCCCCGGCUUGGGGAUGUCCUACAGAAGCUGGCCCCGUUCCUCAAGAUGUAUGGCGAGUACGUCAAGAACUUUGACAGAGCCAUGGAGCUGGUGGGCAUGUGGACCCAGCGGUCGGUGCUGUUUAAAGACAUUGUUCACAACAUCCAGAAGCAGGAGGUGUGCGGGAACCUGACACUGCAGCACCACAUGCUGGAGCCAGUACAAAGGGUUCCCCGCUACGAGUUGUUGCUCAAAGACUACCUGAAGAGGCUCCCAGAAGAUGCUCCUGACCGGAGAGAUGCAGAGAAGUCCUUGGAGCUCAUCUCCACUGCAGCAAACCACUCCAAUGCAGCCAUUCGGAAGAUGGAGAAAAUGCAUAAGCUCUUAGAGGUGUAUGAGCAACUGGGUGGAGAAGAAGACAUUGUCAACCCAGCCAAUGAGUUCAUCAAAGAAGGCCACAUCCAGAAGCUGUCAGCCAAGAAUGGAACCACCCAGGAACGUUAUCUCUUCCUGUUCAACAGCAUGAUCCUUUACUGUGUACCCAAGCUGAGGCUCAUGGGCCAGAAGUUCAGUGUCCGGGAGAAGAUGGACAUUUCGGGUCUCCAGGUACAGGAUAUUCUCAAGCCAAAUGCAGCACAUACAUUUCUAAUAACCGGAAAGAAAAGGUCCUUGGAGCUACAAACUCGAACAGAGGAAGAGAAGAACGAAUGGAUUCAGCUUGAGUCCAGAAAGCCUUCCUCUAAAAUAAAGCGAGAGAAAGAGAGACAGAGCUGCAAGAGCUGCAGGGAGACCUUCAACUCCAUCACCAAGAGGAGACACCACUGCAAGCAGUGUGGAGCUGUCAUCUGUGGGAAGUGCUCUGAGUUCAAGGUGGAGAACAACAGGCAGAACCGAGUCUGCAAGGAGUGUUUCCUGAUCCUAGCAGGGGACCCUGCUAGCCCCAGCACUGAAGCACCCAUCGAGCCCAAGAAGGACACCGAGAAGCCACCUGCUUCAGAUCCCCAGAACAGCUUGCUCUGUGGCCCCCUGCAAUUGUCAGAAGACAGCAAAGCCUGGAGUGAGGUGUGGGCCAGCAUCCCCACAACAGAUCCACAGGUGCUGCACCUGCAAGGAGGCAGCCAGGAUGGACAACCAUUCCGCACCAUACCACUGCCUGGCUGCAAGGUGAGCAUCCCAGACCCCGAGGAGGCGCCUGACACCAGGCACAUGCUAAAGUUGCACCACGCACACCUGUGCCUAUACCUGGACACCCAGACCUCGGAGCUGCAACAGCGAUGGCUGGAGGCCCUCAGUGCUGCCACACAUGGGGACCUGGCACCAGCCAGCCCUGGGACCCCCCACACCUCGGCUGAAUGGAUACAGAGCUCUGCGAUUUGA